UAUAAAUACGGCCGAGAUGAUUGUAUCAAAUCAUAAACAAAUUAACCAUCAUUCAGAGUACAAACAACCACAGCGCAAGCCUAGAGCUGUUUUCUUCUAAAAUCUGUGUCUUCUCGCAGUUUUCAUCCUCAACCAACAUCAUCAACCAAGUUCAACCUCGUGUUGUUCCAGUUCUAGCAGUGUUCUACGUGUCCAGACAGUUUUAAAUCAAUAAUCAUGAAGGUCUUCGUCGCCAUCGCCGUCGUCUCGCUGGCCGUCCUGGCCGCCGGCCGUCCCGAGCCGCCAUCGCCGCGCAGCAACUACCUGCCCCCGAACCAGAAUGGGAAUAACGGUUACAACUAUAACGCAAACGAUAACAGCGGGUACAACUACCCCUCGGCGCCCUCCUCCCAGUACGGUGCCCCGUCGGGUGCGGGCGGCAGCGGUGCCGGUGCCAACGGGUACAACUACGCCGACGCCAACGCUAACGCCGAGCCGGCCAAGUACUCCUUCGAGUACGACGUCAAGGACUACCAGUCCGGCAACGACUUUGGCCACAUGGAGUCCCGCGAUGGAGACCGCACCGUUGGCCGCUACUACGUCCUGCUCCCCGACGGUCGCAAGCAAGUUGUGAACUACGAAGCUGACCAGAACGGAUACCGCCCAACCAUCACCUACGAGGACACCGGUGCCGGCGCCAACGCUGGAGGCCCAUACCCAGCCAGCCAGGGUGGAUUCAACGGAUACCAGUAAAGAGACCUUCAUCAAACCCCUCUCCCCAAACAACCCAACCCCCACUAGGAACGAAUUCUACAUCUAGUUAAUUUUGUUAGUGAAUAACUCUAUACCUCUGUAGCACCUCUUCCCCCACACAAACACAAAACCACCUUUCCCAGAUCAUGGAGGUUGGUUGACUCCAAGGCCAGUAACUCACACCUCAUCAACCCGCCUCUUCAAGUGAUCUGGAAAAGGUUCCUCAACGGUUCCUUCUCGGAACUCGAGCCCGUACAAAAUGGCACAAGAUACCUUCCCACACACAACACUCAACCCUAAACUUCUUCUUAGAUAGCUAAAUACCCUUAACAAAAAAUGCACUUCUUCAUCAAAAACACUAGAAACGACCAAUGGCUUCGAACACUGCAAUUUUGAUUUCAAGCACGAAAGCAAAAAGAAACGGAACAACGACAAAUUAUUUAAAAAAACAAGUUGAAAAACACACACACAAAAAACGCGCGAAACAAUUAUGCUUUACCUAGUAUGAACACAAAUGUUUUCUUGUUUUUAGAAAAAAGGGGAAGAAACCGAUUUCCACCCCCCGAAAACAAAAACAAAGUCAACAAAAAGUGAAAAAAACACAGCCAAUCGCGUACCCGCGAUUGGCGAACAAAAAAAGUAAACAAACAAACCUAUGUUAUUAUUCAAGCAAGCAUUAAAAUUUUUGUGAGGAAAACGAUGAUAACUGCCAUAAACGUUAAGAACAUGAGUGAAGAACAGAUUGUAACAAAAAACAUUAAAACAAAAAAUCAAACAAAAAAAAUCAACAAAAAACGCACAAACCACCAUCAAACCGGGCGUAUUAGAAGAAAACCUCUGUAAAUAAGUUAAUAUGUUAUUUGUACAUUUGAAACACUCUGGACCCACCUUGCGCGGGGAAGCUGUUUGCCGCCCAGGGUUGGGAAAAGUUUUA